AUGGAUCUAGCGACAAUUAAAGCAGGUCUAAACGCUACACUUAUUCAACUGAUAUCUUCGUCGCCAUUGCCCUAUCUUUCAAUCCCAUGGUUGGUUGUGGGGUUAUUUGCUGCGCCUGCUUUUCUUGGGGCUUUAACUGGUCAGCAUUUGGGCCAUCUUGUUUUUCAAAGAUAUUUAUCAAAUGUUUACGCCAAGAGAAAACAGCUGUCAGCUGCUAUCCAAGUUGAUCUGAUCAAGUUAGAGGCUGAAAGAUGGCUCUCUAAAGCUGGUUCCCUGCAGUGGCUAGUUCUCUUGAUUAUAGGAACUUACUAUGAAGUUGGAUCAUCUUACAUUGCUCUUGUUUGGCUUGUUCCACCAGCAUUUUCAUAUGGCUUGUUGGAAGCAACAUUAACCCCGGGACGGUCACCAAAGCCCCUCAAACUUGCAACCCUGUGGAUAGGGUUGGCCAUUCCGAUUUUAGUUACAGCUGGUCCAUUCAUUAGAUUAGUUAUCACAAUGAUUGGACUUAGCGUACGAUUUGUCAGACAUCCAGGCGGUUCUCCUGAGUGGCUACCAAGUGUGGCACUUUCUGUUUUUAUCGCAGUUGUUAUAUGCCUAACUCUGGUGUAUCUCCUUUCGUAUAUUCAUCUCUCAGGUGCAAAAACAUCUAUGGCCCUUGCAAUUACUAUUCUGUUUCCUCUAUCAUUUGCUGUGGUAUUUUCUGGUAUAACUCCGCCAUUCACUGAGGAAACUGCCAGAGUUGUGAAUGUGGUCCAUGUUGUGGAUACAACAGGAAGAUUUGGAGAAAAGACCAGCUCUUACGUAUCUCUGUUUUCCUUCGCUCCUGGAGUGUUUACUGAGGAAGUUGAGGAAAUUAAAGAGGGGUUCGUAUGUAGCAGACACAAGGCCAUUGAUUAUGUUACUUUUUCGGUCACAUAUGGCUGUUUGACCUUUGAUGAAACCGAAGAGGGAUGGGAUGAGUCUGAUAUUCCCACACUGAAAGUUGUUGAAGAUGAAAAUGGAGAGAAGAGAAUCACACGAGUGGCGAUCGAUACAGAGAGGUCUAUACACUGGUUUCUUUCAAUCAACACCAAGGAAAUAAAAGAUUUCACGUUUAAAGGUAUAAUGAAAUUGCUCCAUUUGAUUCGUUUAUCCCUUGGUAUAAUGAAGAGAGUGGGUUCAGAGGAGUUAAUCCCAGUGGAUGUUAAGCGUGGCGUAGAUGGAUGGCAUACCAUUCAAGCAUCAGGAGGGAAGAAUGCAUCAACAAAGUUCGAACUCACUCUCUUCUGGAUGCAAAAUUGA